UAACUACCUAGGUAGCUCUCACAAACCAUCCCGUAUACAUGGAGAGACAUCUUCAUACUGCCACAUCGUCUUUUCCGCCUUGAAUAACAGUCUGUACUUGGUUGUCGUUGCCCCUGGCGCCUUUAUGCCCUUGGAUCAUCUUGGACACGUGCUUUUUGGGAGCUUUCGAUAGUGUGGCUUAAAACUCUCAGAUACCUAGGUACUUUCCGCCCUCGCCACGUACUCACUCACUCAGUGAAGCUCAUAAGCCAAUUGCGAGAAAGCUAUGAGCUUUGCUGGAAAUAUCAUCUCAAAAAUAAGGUCUGGUGAGGCUAGCAUGACUUCUCUCCUAUUGCAGUAUGCGUCGCCUCCUUCGCGGCCCGUCGACGAACACGAUCUCGCGGAGCUCUCUCCUCGCCCCGAACAUGCGCUGUUGGCCGACGAAAGUCCCGACAAUGGUCUGGAACGCGGCAGCUCUAGUGUUUUGCGCAAGGAGAGAAUGCUGAAGCAGCCACAAGGCAAGGGUGACGGAGUAGGAAUGAAGGCAUCCGUGGCAUUUCGAGAACCGCCAUGGUCAUUUGGUCGGGCCAGAGACAAUACCGCUCAAAAUAUAGGUGAAGAGAUGCCAUAUCACACACGCGAGGAGAAUGACAUGGUCUCCAAGACCUGGCGCCCGUCCUUUACUUUUACUUCUGAGGACCGUCCUCCGCAGGCGGGGUCCACCAGACCGCAACAGUCCUUCUUUGAGACAAUGUUCAGCUCCCGUCCCGCAUAUACCGAGAGAUCUCAUUCUAUGAAGCUAGACCAAAGCUUCAAACUGAUAGAAAGACGCGAACGCCAAAUGCAGCAGGAGCUGCAGCAUCUUUUGAACGCUCAAGAUUACGCUUUAGAGAAGCAUCUGGCCAACACAGCACCAGCUGAUGAUGACGAUGAUGGGACGACUCAGCGAUCGGGGACCCCCGUAUUCGACAACCCGAAUGGACAUGUCAUUCCCGUGCGCCAGCCUAAGAAGCGACAUUUGUCCAAGAGAGAGGCUCGCCUUGGCAUCUCACGUUGCAUGUCUCAGUUGUCUGACUUGAAGAACGAAGAAGAGGCCUACAUCGCGACAGCACUCGCGGAGCGCAAGGCCGCCCUGUCGAGAUUGCGGAACUUGUCAAGCAAGCGGAAUUCCAUACUUGCCGGGAUGAAGUCGAUCGAGUCAGAGCAUGACCAGCCUUAUAAGAACGAGAUCGGGAAAAUGGAGCGGAAACACCAAGUUGUAUGCGAAGAGAUUCUAAAGCUAGAGGAGAGACUUAACGAUCUUAAGCGGACGAAGACUAGACUUGAGAAUAGGAUCGCUGAGGCGAAGAGCACACGGGACUCGGAGCUUAGCGGCUACAAGGGCGCGCUGAAUGAAUGCGACAAGCGUAUCAGCGACAUCAUGAACUACCCCGAAGUAUCUGUCCUCGAGGUUGAAGGGCUCAUGUCCCAAGACACGGACCUCCGCGCUCUGGCUGGUCAGCACAUCUCCGGGCUCGAAUUCCUAUCUCUGCGGCCCGAACGAAGGACACUGCCCAUGGCCAAAGAUUGGUGGGAAGGAGAAAUACAAGUCCUGGAACUGCGCAAGACAGCCGUAGACAGGGAGCGCGGGGCUUUGGACGAGGGAACACAAUUGUGGCACGACAUGGUCGACCGUCUCGAAGCGUAUGAUCAACAACUCACUUCAACCUUCAAUGCCAUGUCUGAAUACUCUUCUAAACAGCGUCAUCGAUCCUCCAAAUUCAACGAACUAGGCGAGAUUUUGAAGAAACAAUAUACUCUGUCUAAAGACAUGAUACACGAGCUCGAGGAACUAUACGAAUACGCCGAGGCGCAAGGAUGGAAAUUACUCAUGACGGCCCUUGGGGCUGAGAUCAACUAUUUCUACGGGCUGAAGACACAGCUCGGGGAUACGCUCAACGUCGUGGGCUGGGCAGAUGGCGUGGUGACGCCUCCGACUGGAACUACUAAUGCACCUUCGCGCGAUGACGAUUUGCUCACUAAUAACGAUGACGAAGCAUUAACAAGAAGAGAGAGAGACUUGGAUAAAGGAAGAGAAAGGGCGGAAGAAGAAGACGAAGAUAUAACAGGCAGUAUACUCCGCCGCUGGGACGGAACGGACGAGCAACAGAUAGCCCCUACGUCCCCAUCCAAUCCUGAUACUAGCGGUCUUGAGAUCACACCCCGGGAACCCCACAACAACAAUCACGAUGAUGAUGAUGAUACUAAUAAUAGCGAUAAUGAAGUCCCGCAUGGUUUACUCAGCGAAGCGCCCGUCACUCACGAGGACGAUGACGAUGAACGACAUAACGACAUACCCCCCGAAUUCCUGUCUAUGCACAGUCCCGCUCGAGCAAAGACAGCUCGCUCUGAACCGAGUGCAGAAGGAGAAGAUGGCGAGCAUGAGCAUAACGAGGAAGAGGAGAAUGAGAAACAUCAUCCCCUCAGCAGAGAGAGCAGCGCGAACGAGGUCCCGCCAGAUCUUCUUUCGGAAAGUCGUCGUACUCUCGAUUAGAUAGAUACGCAGGGAGCUAGUCAUUUUCAUUUCGUCUUGUAUCAGUUUACCUAGUUGUCUAAUAUGUAUGUAUAUAUAUAUAUAUUCACCCAGUUUCCUACCUUACAUUUUAUCUUCAUAAUUUGUCUUCAUCUAAAGCGAUAGCAAUAUCAACAGUGUACGCAAUCCUCCUUGUACAU